AUGGAUCCCCAAGCUAAGCAAGAAUCCUCAAAAAAGAAAGCCCUAUCAAAAGAAGACGCCAAAAAAGCCUUAUCUUACCUGUUAAUUUUUUCCUACUUAAUUAACAUUCUUAAAAUUAAAAAUUUACUAUUGGCUUAUUUUAAUUUUUUUUAAAAAAAAGUUAGAUUUAUUAAAGCACCUCGAAAAACAAAAUGACGCUUUUCCUUUCCUUAAGCCUGUCGACUAUAAAGCAGCUGGCCUCGAUGAUUAUCCUUUAGUCAUAAAGCAUCCAAUGGACUUAUCCACAGUAAAAAAGAAAAUAAAAUCAGAAAAAUACAGCUCACUCCAAGAAAUAAUUUCCGAUAUCAAUCUUGUCUGGGAAAACUGUAAAACUUAUAACCAAAUGGGAUCGGUAAAUCAUAUUUAGCCAAUUUAUGAGCAAGCACAAAGCAUGGAAGCAAGAACAAAAAAAUACUGCGGAAAGCAUGGGCUAAUUAGUGAAAAGCCUCAAAAAAGGGCUAGAGAAGAGCCCCCAGCAAUUGAGCAAGAAAUCAAAAUUCCAAUUGAAAAUAUCAUUUUUUAGUAAAAUAUUCCAAAAUAAAAUACCUCUAAUAAAUUCUAGGCGAUUUAAUUGAGGAUACUAUGUAAGUUUUGAGGCGAAAGUAGAAUUAGCCGAAAAAGUCAGAAAAUCAACUCAUGAUGUGCUGGCUGAAGUUGUAAAAAUUGUAGAAAGCCAAUGUAAAACAGCUAUUGAAGAAUUAGACUCAGACAGGAUACAGAUAAAAGUGGAUUAUUUAGAUAAAGCAACGUUUGACAAGUUGUGUGGAAUGAUGAGUGUGCAAAGAGACGAUGAUGGAAAUCCAUCGAAAAAAUCAAAAUUAGGCUAA